CCUAGAGGUGGCAGUUUGCAGGCACAGCAUAUUGCUUAGAGGGCUGAACAUGUUUAGGGGCGAGAUAUUUGCAUACCCUCGGUUUCUGCAGAAGGAACUGGCCACAAAAACAAACUGCAAGUUCUUCUGCACUGACAUCAUGUGUCGAUAUUGGCCCUAUCUGCAAAAGGUGGCUCAAGCAUUCCCAGAAAUGCAAAACAUUACUCCGAUGAAGCCAUUUCUCUCAGUUAUGCAUGCAAAGGGGCACUCUACAAAAUGUGAGGUAAAUUGGGGUGGCAAAAACCAAACAGGGGCAGGCACAACAAUUGGUGAAGAAGUUGAACAAGUGAACAGCUUUUUGUCCCGUGUGGCUCUAACUACAAAAUACAUGAGUAAGGCUGCACGAGUAGAUAUGAUCACAUUGCAUGCCAGAGGAUGGAAUGAGCGCAAAAAAAGAAACCUGCACAAGUACUUGUCUACACGGUACUUGAAGACUAUCCAAAAGACAAAGGAAGUCAAGGAGGACAUUGAGGCUAUAAAGAAGUGCACGCAAAGGUCUGAUGAGGAACUGCAACAGUGGGUCACUGAUGUGAGACAGUGGGCAGCUGACACUCCAGAUGACUUCAGAACAGAUGAUCCAGUGGCGUUGCAACAUCUGAUUGAAGGCCUAUUCUUGGGCAUACAGCAGAAAAAGAGGGAUCUGUAUCGAGUAACGGACCGUAACAUACAGCGACACAAGAUCCGAAGACGGAUUAGAGAGGAUAAGAAAAAGCUGUUUAAUGCCAUAUCCCAAUACAAUGAUCUUCCAACCACCACAGAAUCUGUAGAUUCAGUUGAAGACCUUCUGGCAGCAGAAAGCCCUAUCUGGCCUUGGGAUUCUGAACCUGACACUUCCUUAGGCAUGAAGAAGAAGGUUUUUGACAAGGUGAUGCAGCUGGAGAGACUGAUUGAGGAAGAGGCUAUAAUUUUAGAGGAAAUGAAACAACAUUGGACUCAUCUUACAAGAACCUGCAGGUCCUUAAAGGACCAGGCUAAUGUACUAGCAGAUGACCUGGCCACACAGAGCUACCCUUCAGGACUGUCUGGUCAAGCUUACCAUGGCCUGCACAGUGCUGUCCUCCAAAAAUGUGAGGAGCUCAAAACAGACAUGGUAGCUGUGAAAGAAACCUACUCCCAAAUAGUAGUCAAUGGGAAUGGUGGAACUGUUGUUGAAGAAGAUGAUGAAGACCCAUAUGAGAAUGUCUCCACAGAUGCCUCUACGGAUGAUGAAUUAUAGAUUCUCUCUUCUCCACUGCACAAACUGGUUUCCUGACUGAGUAGCACAAGUUAGCUCUCCCCAUUGUAAAUAAUAAAACCUUGAACCUGAAUUUUC